GUGAGACGGCCGGUGGGCGGCGGCGGUGCCCCCCGCUCUAGGGUCCGGGUGCGGUUGCUAUGGGGGGCAAGAAGAAGGUGCGCGCCAUCGCGGCGCUGGCCCGGCGGGUGCGGGAAUACUGGGCGCAGCGGGACCGGCGCCAGCGGCGGGACAGCCAGCGGCUGGAGCUCGACUACGGCACCAUGAGGCGGGUGGCCAGCGGCAAGCGGCUCCCGGUCCUCGCCCACCGCGACAUCCGCACCGAGAGCCGCCUCUUCCCGCUGCUCGCCCGCCUGCCGCUCUUCGGCAUCGGCCGCAUGGUCACCACCAAGUCGUGGCUGCUGGCGCACGGCCCGGCCUGUUACUGGCGGGUGGACAAGGUCAGGGUGGACUACACGGCCCAGGUCAGUAUUGCGUACAGUUUUGGUCUCCUAAUCUGAGGAAAGACAUUCUUGCCAUAGAGGGAGUACAGAGAAGGUUCACCAGACUGAUUCUUGGGAUGUCAGGAUUUUCAUAUGAAGAAAGACUCCAGAGCAAAUAAAAUCAUGGGAGACCCCUUCCACCCCUGCAACGGACUGUUCCAGCUGCUACGGUCAGGCAAACGCCUCCGUUGCCAUGCGGUGAGAACGGAGAGGUUGAGAAGGAGUUUCUUCCCAGAGGCAAUUCGGACUGUAAACGCCUAUCUCACCAGGGACUAACUCUACUGAACGUUUUUCCUUCCAUUAUUUAUUAUGUAAAAGAAUAUGUGUGUUAUGAUUGUGUUUAUAAUUUGUUUGGUUGUUUUGUUGUUUGUCUUUUGCACAAAAGUCCGCGAGCAUUGCCACUUUCAUUUCACUGCACAUCUCGUAUGUGUAUGUGACAAAUAAACUUGACUUGACUUGACUUGACUGGAUAGACUCGGCUUGUACUCGCUAGAAUUUAGAAGAUUGAGGGGGAAUCUUAUAGAAACUUACAAAAUACUUAAGGGGUUGGACAGGCUAGAUGCACGAAGAUUGUUCCCGAUGUUGGGGAAGUCCAGAACAAGGGGUCACAGUUUAAGGAUAAGGGGGAAGUCUUUUAGGACCGAGAUGAGAAAAACAUUUUUCACACAGAGAGUGGUGAAUCUGUGGAAUUCUCUGCCACAGAAGGUGGUUGAGGCUAGUUCAUUGGCUAUAUUUAAGAGGGAGUUAGAUGUGGCCCUUGUGGCUAAGGGGAUCAGGGGGUAUGGAGAGAAGGCAGGUACGGGAUACUGAGUUGGAUGAUCAGCCAUGAUCAUAUUGAAUGGCGAUGCAGGCUUGAAGGACUGAAUGGCCUACUCCUGCAACUAGUUCCUCUGGCAGCUCAUCCAUCCUCCUGAGUGAUAAAGUUGCACCUCGGGUUCCUAUUAAACCUUUUCCCAUAAACCCAUGUCCUCUAGUUUUCGAUUCCCCUACCCUGGGUAAAAGACUCUGCAUUCACCCCAUCAAUACUGCCCUAAUUUGACAAAAGGAAACAACUGACAAUUUUGUCAAAAUUGAGUUAUUACUUAUUUUAGGGUACUUGAGAUAUGCUCUACACAAUGGUGUGGUCAAAAUAAAUCUUCUCUGAGUACAAUUUUCUUGGUUUCUUGGUCCUCCAAAAUAUUCCAAAUGGAAUUUAAACUGGAGGUGGUGAAGGGAGGGCUUAAAAUAUGAAAUUUGAAUAUAUUUAUAAAAUUUGAAUAUAUUUAUACCAGAGAAGUAAGAAAUUCCAUCACAGAGAGCUGAAAGAAAAACACGUUUUCCUCAUUUAAAAGAAAACGCCUUUUUGUCAGUUGCUUCCUUUUAUCAAAGUAGGGCAGAAUACCCCCUCGUGGUUUAAUACACCUCUUCGCCUCCUGCGCUCCAGGGAAUGAAGUCCUGGCUUUCCCUACUUCUCCCGAUAGCUGCUAUCAGGAUUCGAGGUCCUCGAAUCCUGGAAAAAUGCUUGUAAAUCCUCUUUUUCUCGCUUUUCGACAUUUGGUCGGUAAUGGU